AUGGCCGACGGUGAAGGUUAUGACGACGGCGACGGCGCCACCUUCUCUCAGUUGCUCUUCGAUGUCACCCUUUCCGAUGAACAACCAUCCUCUUUCAACUAUUCAUCUAAUCCAACAACCAUGCUCUGUUUUGGGAAACCCGAGAUUGAAUUCUCUGAAACUCCACCCAAAUCUGGAAUUAGUGAAACAACUUCAUCUGCAUCCUCCAACACCGCCCGGAAUCUCUCUAAUAAAAGGAUAAACGAAACGGAAAAGGAGGGGGUUCAGAGAAUGAUCGGGGCCGGCGCCGGAGAAAGACAGAGGAGUUCUAAGAAGAUUAAAGCAGAAAACGUAUCUACAACAGGCCGGGAGAAAGUAAAAGUUAGGAGAGAGAAGCUUGGUGAGAGAAUCGCCGUAUUGCAACAGUUGGUGUCGCCUUACGGAAAGACAGACACUGCUUCUGUUCUUCAUGAAGCGAUGGGUUAUAUCAGGUUUUUGCACGAACAGGUUCAGGUUUUGUGUUCUCCGUAUCUGCAAACCCUACUUCCUUCUCCUUCUACUAUUCAUAAUUGGAGAGGAGAAGAGGAGGUGGAGGAGGAGGAGAAACAGGGGAAGGGAUUAAGGAGCAAGGGGUUAUGUCUAAUACCCAUUGAUUGCACUCUACCAUUGGCAAACGAAAAUGGUGCUGAUCUAUGGACCUCAGCAAUGGUGGGAAGCAAUAAUAAUGACGAACUAUUAUUCAACCACUAA